AUGCAACUAUUUGCAGGGCUUCGCCAGCUCACAGCCAGCAUCUCGGCAGCGAAUCGCCGGAGCCUUUGGCAGCAUGCCUGGGCCGCCUGGAUCCGUUACCGAGGACUGGAGCUCGAGCUCGACGCCUUUGUGCUGAGUGCCGCCGCAGCAAGCUGCAACCGUGGCCAUCUUUGGAAGGAUGCAGUGGGUUUACUGGCUCAAGCGGCGCAAUCGAACAUUAUUGUGGAUGUGGCUUUGCAGAAUGCAGCCUUGGGUGCGGGCGCAAAGUGUGCACGGUGGCAGAGUGCCCUGCAGAUCACAGGUCCUAUGGUAGGAGAUGCUCGCAAGCCCACGACUAUUAGCUUCAACUCUGCAGCAGAUGCCUGCAGCAAAGGGUCGCGCUGGGAAAGUUCGAUUGCCAUGAUUGAGGCCAUUCCGCAUCGACGCUUAUGCGCAUCCUCGAGGACAUCAGGUACUCUGGUAGCAGCUGCAGAGCGAGGAUCGCGGUGGCAGAAGGCAUUGUCUUUGAUUCAAGAUGGACCACAUCUACCUGAAGGAGAGGAGGUCAACAUUGUGACGUUCAAUGCGGCAAUAGCUGCCAUGGAGCGGGCGAGCCAGUGGCAGCAUGCCAUGCUGCUUCUUUGGCAGUCUUCCCGGGAAGGUUUGAGACCGACGUCUCCCUCCCUAAACUCGACUCUGAGCGCUUGUGCUCGCUCUGGCAAGUGGCAGCUAUCCCUGGCUUUGCUGAACAUGGCGAGCAGCUUGCAGGUGCAGGUUGACGCCAUCAGCUGGAACUCGGUCAUAAGCGCCUGCUCUGGGAUGCGGCAAUGGGAGAUGGGCAUAGCUUGCUUACACUGCAUGGAGCUGCAGCGAAUCGCGGCUGACUGUGUUUCAUUUGCAGCUGUUGUGGACUCGCUGCCGUGUUCUGAACAUGUGGAGCAGAGUCAUCUAACUUCUGGGCUCCUUGCAAUGAUGCGCAAGCAGGCUGUGGAGACCGAUGCUGUCCUGGCCACUGCAAUCUUGAGUGGCCAAGCCAAAGCUGAAAGGUGGCGCACGGCAUGCCACACACUCCAAGAAUCCAUGGCGCUGGGGCUUGAUCUCGACAAGGUGAUGCUUGGCGCGGCUGCAGAUUCCUGCGGUCGCACAGGGAUCUGGCAGCGGGCGUUGGCACUGGUAAGUGGGGUCACCGUGAAUCUGCCCAUGGCCAAUUCAGUCCUGAACGGCUUCGCGAAGAAUCCUUCCUCCUGGGAGCACGCGACAUGCUUCUUCUCAAACCUCCUCCAGGUCUCGCUGCAGCCCGACCUUCUCUCGAUCACUGGCCUUUCUGCAAGUGGGUCUUGGGCGGCCUCCCUCUACCAGGCGGACGAGCUCAUCAGUGUCGCCGAAGGUGUGGAUGAGAUCUUCUAUGAGGCGCUGCUCGCCACGAUCGUCUCCUGCCGGGCAUUCAUGGUCACACCGCCGGUACUGCAACGGCUCAAGGCCGAGGCAUUGAAGUACUGGAGGAGGCACCACACACUUUCUGAUGCAAGUCGAACACAGCGCCAAGCUGCGAGUAAGAUGCGAGAAAAUUUGUCCUCUUUGAUUUGA